AUGGUGCGGUUGUCGCAACUGCCAGUGGGCUUUGGCCUAUCGCUGUUGGCAGCCGUCAAUGUCGCUGCGGUCCCCUCUGUGACGGUGGAUAUGAAGGCUGCCUUCCCGUCUGGCCCCUAUCUUCUCGAGCUGCUUGAGACCGCUGCGGGUGAAAACGCAACUGCCUACUUCCCUCUCCUCGAUCGCAUUGCCAGCGGCCACUUCAGCGAAGCCAAGACUGAUAAAGAGGUCUACGACAAGUUCCUCCACACACUAAACGAGGAUGGCCACAUCACCACACCUGACGCCCUAUCUACCUUCAAGCUGGCCCUUUCCUUGCGGACCGCCGCUCCUCGUAUUGAAGCCCACUAUCAAUACUACCGGACCGCUGUAGAGCCAAAGCUCGGAGCCAAGACUCAAGAUGGCUGUGAAAUCUGGGCCGAGCAAGGAGGAAAACAGUAUUGCACUCCGUCUCUAGACAGCGCCAAGGAUUCGACGCUGGACGGCGCGAAGGUGCUGCCUUUCGACCGAGUUCUAGGAUCUGGCAAGGAGGCCAUCUUAUACGCAGACCCGACUUCGUCUUCUUUCGGUUCUUUCCACAAGGCUCUGGCUCAGAAGGCUCGCAAUGGAAAGCUCGAAUACCGUCUGCGUUACACAAAGCCUCCUGGAAAGUACGAGGAGCCUCUACCCGUCAGCGGGUACGGAGUCGAGUUGGCCUUGAAGAGGACCGACUACAUCGUCAUUGAUGACCGAGAGGCGCACCAGGAUGACUCGCAGAAGGUUGUCAAGACUGAGGAGGUCUUGGACGCUGCAGAAGAGGUGGCUGACCUGAAGCCGCUAUCAAAGUCCGAGGUACAGGAACUUGGUCUGAAGGCAGCAUCUUUUGUCAUGCAGAGCCAGAACCCCUUUGAGACGCUCGUCAAGUUGUCGCAAGACUUCCCUAAGUUCUCGACCUCCAUCGCCGCUCACAAUGUGUCUGCUGAGUUCCUCGCCGAGCACCAGCUUAAUCGCCAACAAUUGGUUCCUAGCGGUAUGAACGUGCUUUGGAUGAACGGAGUCCAGCUCAUUGAGCGCCAGAUUGAGGCAUUCACCAUCAUUGAUCUCCUCCGCUGCGAGCGCAAGCUUAUCGACGGCGUUCGCGAUCUUGGCUUUACGGGAGGCCAAGCUGUGUCUCUCCUUGGCCAUCCCAAGGUUGCCGAGUCCAAGUCAGACGAGGAGCCCCCGCGCUUCGACUGGACGGAUGACCUUGAGGAGGAGCAGGUCAUCAUGUUCCUCAACGACCUCGAGAAGGAUGAGCGUUACCAAGAUUUCCCUGAUCAAUUGACUUCGCUCCUUCAGCGUGUUUACCCUGGCCAGCUGCCUCCCAUCAAGCGCGACAUCUUCAACCUCAUCAUCCCAGUUGACUUCUCCAAGAUGGAGGAUCUCAGCGUGGUGGCUCAGAUGAACUCCUUCGUUCAGCGGAAGCUUCCUAUUCGUUUCGGUCUGGUUCCUCUAACGCCCACUGAGGAAGCAUUCCAAAUCAGCAAGGUUCUGUACUAUCUCCUCGACAACUACGGCUUAGAUGUCUUCAUUGAGUACCUCGAUGCUGCUAUGCAGGCUUCCAAGACUGAGAAGCCGGACCAAGGCUCGUUCGACAAGGCGAUCCAGGACCGUGAGCCUCUUCCGGAUGCGGAUUCGAAGAUACUUUCUUUUGCCGAAGUGGUGGAGUCGGACGAGCUCGAUGGCAUCGUCAAGCUGGCCAAGAACUGGGCAAAGAGACUCAACGCAAACACGCCCGUUCCACCCGUCUUCAUCAACGGUAUUCCGGUUCCUCGCGAGAACAACUGGCUUCAGGCAAUGAGCAUGAAGGCUUCCAGUGACUUGCAAGCGAUUCAGCGCGCCGUUUAUCUGGGCAUGGUUGAUGAGAAGAGCUGGAUUCCGGACUUCUUCCUUGAGAAGGCCGUCAAGCGUCGCAACACCUACAUCUACCCAGAAGAUGAGAAGUCCCUGCAGGUCCUCGAUGUCAACAAGAUCUACACCGACUAUGACGGUCUCUUCAGCAAGGUCCCAGUGAUUGAGGCUUAUGCAGACUCGACGAAAGAGAACUGGGCUGUUCUGACGGUAGUGGGCGAUUUCACCUCCGACGAGGGAGCAAACCUUCUUCUGUCAGCUUUGGCUUUCCGUCGCAACAACCCUGGCGUGCGUCUUGACACCGUUCACAACCCUUCAGCAUCUGCCUCAGCUUCUAGUGUAAACACGGCAUUGAAGAAUGGCGGUGACAAGUUUGCUGAAGCUGAGACUGUUUCCGAUAUCAAAGACCUCCUCAAGGCCGCCACUAGUGAUUCGGACGCAAUCUACACUGCGGCCCUCAAUGAGUUCCUCUCCUUCGCCGCGGUUAAGCCGGGUUCCAACCUACUUAUCCUCAAUGGCCGUGUCGUUGGACCUUUCACUGAAGAUGACCCCUUCCAAGGCGAUGACUUCCAGUUCCUCUUGGAGUUUGAGCAGAAGGCCCGUAUCCUCCCCGUCUACGCAGCUGUGGAUGAGCUUGGAUUGACAGACAAGAUUUCUGGCCCUCUGGCGGCUGCUAAGAUCACGUCAGUCACGGCGCUGUCAACCAUCUCUGACCUCCCUGCUGGCAUUUUCGAGUCUGCGCCAUCAUUGCGUGUCAGUGCCCACGAUGCUUGGAACUCAACCUACACUGCCAUUGAAAUUGGAAACCCCGAGACAUCAAGCAUCCAUUUGGUCGGUGUUCUCAACCCUGCCAGUGAGCAGGCGCAACGGUGGGCGCCUAUCCUCAAGGUUGUCGCCGAGCUAGAGGGCGUGUAUCUGAAGCUCUUCCUUAACCCGAAGGAUAAGAUUGACGAGCUGCCUGUGAAGAGAUUCUUCCGAUACGUGCUUGAGUCAGAGCCGACGUUUGAUGAAGCUGGCAAGGUUCGCGCACUUGAGGCAUCCUUCAAGAGCUUGCCCUCCGAGGCUCUCCUUAAUGCCGGCAUGGACGUCCCACCAUCCUGGCUCGUUGCACCCAAAGUCUCGCCCUUCGACCCGGACAACAUCAAACUCAGCGCCAUCAAGUCGAACGUGCACGCCUCAUACGAGCUUGAGAGUAUCCUCAUUGAAGGACACUCUCGUGAGGGAGGACAGUCGCAGCCUCCCCGCGGCGCGCAGGUCGUUUUGGGCACCGAGAAGGAGCCUCACUUCGCCGACACCCUGAUCAUGGCCAACCUCGGAUACUUCCAAUUCAAGGCAAACCCAGGCUUUUACAACAUCAAGCUCAAGGAGGGCAGGAGCACCGACAUUUACACCAUCGAUAGCAUUGGUGCGAAGGGAUGGGCUCCCGUGCCGGGCGAUGAGGGUACCGAGGUGGUGCUGAUGGACUUCCAAGGCACGACUCUGUACCCUCGCCUGUCACGCAAGCCAGGCCAAGAAGAGUCUGACGUGCUGGCCGAGCCUGAGAACAACAGCAUCGUCGGCCGCGGCCUCAAAUUCGCCGAAGGCAUCUUGGGCAAGAAGAAGUCAGCAUCUGACGAGGAGCACGCCGAGAUCAACAUCUUCUCCGUCGCCAGCGGCCAUCUCUACGAGCGCAUGCUCAACAUCAUGAUGGUCAGCGUCAUGAAGAACACCAAGCACACGGUCAAGUUCUGGUUCAUUGAGCAGUUCCUCUCUCCCUCCUUCAAGGACUUCAUCCCGCAUAUGGCCAAGGAAUACGGCUUCAAGUACGAGAUGGUGACCUUCAAGUGGCCUCACUGGCUGCGUCAGCAGAAGGAGAAGCAGCGCGAGAUCUGGGGCUACAAGAUCCUCUUCCUUGACGUGCUCUUCCCCCUCUCCCUCGACAAGGUCAUCUUCGUCGACGCCGACCAAAUCGUCCGCACCGACAUGAUGUCCCUCGUCAACCACGACCUCGAGGGCAAACCCUACGGCUUCACCCCCAUGUGCGACUCCCGCACCGAAAUGGAAGGCUUCCGCUUCUGGAAACAGGGCUACUGGGCAAACUACCUCCGCGGACAACCCUACCACAUCUCAGCCCUCUACGUCGUCGACCUCCGUCGCUUCCGCGAGCUCGCCGCGGGCGACCGCCUCCGCCAGACGUACCACUCCCUCAGCGCCGACCCCAACAGUCUCGCCAACCUCGACCAGGACCUGCCCAACCAUAUGCAGUUCCAGAUCCCCAUUCACAGCCUGCCGCAGGAGUGGCUGUGGUGCGAGACGUGGUGCUCCGACGAGAGCCAGCGCGCCGCAAAGACGAUUGACCUCUGCAACAACCCGCAGACAAAGGAGCCCAAGCUCGAUCGCGCACGGCGCCAGGUGCCCGAGUGGACCGUCUACGACGACGAGAUUGCCGCGCUCGACCGCAAGCGCAAGGGUCUGCCCGCUGAGGCGCCCAAGGUUGUCGUGGACGAGUCUGAGCAGAAGCCUGCUGUCGUCGAGGUGGAGAAGAACACCAAGAGCCGCAACUGGGAGGAGCCGCCCUCGGAACAGACCCAUGACAGAGACGAGCUAUAG